AUGGCAGCCACCGCCGCGGAACGCAAGGAGGUGAAGCUGCACGGCGCGUGGGGAAGCGCCCACGCCGCCAUGGCCCGGAACGCGCUGGAGCUCAAGGGCGUGCGCUACGAGUACGCGGAGGAGGACCUGGAGAGCAAGAGCGAGGCGCUGCUGCGCCUGAACCCCGUCCACGGCGGCAAGGUCCCCGUGCUCGUCGUCGACGGCCGUCCCCUCGCGGAGUCGCUCGUCAUCCUCGAGUACCUCGACGAGGCGUGGCCCGACCGGGCGCCGCGGAUGCUCCCGCCGCAGGACCAGCCUCGCGCGCGCGCAGCGGCCAGGUUCUGGGCGAGGUUCUUCCACGACAAGGUGUCGCCGCUGUCGCACGCGGUGCUAUUCGCGGCGGAGGGAGAGGAGAGGGCAAGGCUGGUGAGAGAGAUGAAGGAGCAGAUGGCCGUGAUGGAGGCCGGGAUUCGGAGGGACGUCCCGCUCGGCGGCGGCGAAGAGGAAGGCCCGUUCUUGCACGGGCGGCAGCCCGGGCUGCUCGACGUCAUACUGGGCUCGUGCGCGCCGGGAACCAGGGUGCUCUCCGCCGUGGUCGGAGAAGAGAUCGUGGAGCCGGGCGUGCUGCCACGCGUGCACGCCAGCCUAGUCGCGUUCGACGAGCUCGUUGCUGGGUUCGGGACAAGCGUGCCGCACGACCGACUCCUGGCGCGUCUCCUCGAGAGGAAGGAGAGGACGCGCGCCAGCCCUGCUUGA